UUUAUAUUGAUCGAGGUUAAAAGUGAUUAGUUAUUGAUUGCUUUACAGGAAUGAAAGAUGACGCCAUCCCAUUCAACAGGUGUGUGUUGAAGAGACUAACAUAAAUAACCUUGUACUGUUAUAUUUCGAUGAAACGACAUAUAUAAUAAUCUCGAAAAAAAAUAUAUAUAUAUAUAUUCAUCAAGUAAUCUGUGCACUACAUGCCAGAUAGAAGCCAUUUAUAGGAAGAAUGACUUCUACAAGUACACAGGAUUUAGUAUGUGAACCAGAUCGGCAUACUAGUCAUCCACAUGGAUACGGAACAACCGACAAUUCUCCUCCCGACGAAAAUGGCAGUUCGGGACUUUCUUUUCGUCGUAGAAUCAUCCAUUUGAAAGAAGAAUCUUCUAGUUAUAUAGAUCUAACGAGAGGUGUCCUGCUGCUUAUGUUUGGACAUUGUAUUUGGACAAUCAUAUUGUUUUUUACUCUGACCAUUCCACUCGCCAUGAUUAUCAUAGGAGCCAUACGAAUAAAAGAAUGCCCUCUUCAGCCCAUUAUCCCAAUUGUUAUCAUCAUUAUGGGAUCGUUAGGAAUGUUAAGUAAUGUCUUUCACUUAGUUCAUAGAAUUAAGAACAUUUGGGAUUUCAGUCUACCGACUCGAUUCACAGGAAUUGGUUUACUUACCAUGAUGAUCAAUAUUUUAUCAUUCAUCAGCUUCAUUGCCGCAUGCGUUUGGGUUUAUCGUAUUUAUCCACCAAAUUAUGAUUCUUCUCGUGGCUUAUAUUGUGAUAAGAUGUUAUACUUAUUUUCUUUUUGGAUCCUGAACACCGUAUACAUCUUCAUCGGUAUUAUCUUCUUGUUUGUUCUGCUCGGUUGCUGUUGUGCAGUUAUAUUAUAAAUUGGAUUUUAAUUUAUUCCUCUUACGACCAUUUUCUGAUUUUAAUAAUUCAAUACAAACUCGAUCGAUAUUUAUAAAAUUAUAAUUUC